ACGUGCUACAGCUGAUUGGAAACGGCAUGUGAACAACGUGCGCGACGGCAAAAAAAAAAAAACUUAAAAUAUUAAUUUAGUAGACGGCCUUUACAGACAAUACAGUAAUUCAACAUGGGCGAGUUCAUUGCAGAGAUGCAGGAGCGCCUGCUGCCGGAGUAUGAGCAAAUGAAGCACUACCAAGUAUUUACCCCGGAACAAAUCAGAGAAUGUGUACGCAAGCGCGAACGGCUAUUCUUAAAUAUAACCAAAAGCCAUAUAACCAUGUCCGACUAUUUGGAAUUCAUUGCAUACGAGAAAACAAUGCACAAAGCACUCACCGAAAAGGAGAAACUGACCGGCCUCAAGCUGAACGGCCUAAAAGCCUCCAUUUGCACUCGGAUAAUGCGCAUGUACAGGGAGAUGCUCAAUAAGUUUGCCCACGAACAGCCUCUAUGGGAUAACUGCAUUAAGUUCAGCAAGAAAUCAGCGCCACAAGAGGUGGCUGGCAUAUACGAGAAGAUGCUGUCGUACCAUGGGGGUGAUCCACAGAUAUGGAUCAAUGCCGCCUUGUGGCUCUACGAAUACAAUCGUGCCAAUAUUGCGCGCGUACAGGACAUACUGUUGCGUGGUCUACAGCGACAUCCCGCCUCCGAAGCGCUCAACAGUUGCUUCUUCAAUAUACAGCUGAAGGAGGCAGCUGUGGCGGACAACAAACGUGAUUUGGGCGACAACACGGUCUCGGAACAGGACAUACAAAUGGAGCGCGUCGCGGCCGUCUAUCGUAACAGCCUGUCAAACAUAACAAAUUUGGAUUACUUUCUCAAAUUGCUCGAAUGCUGUGAGGAUCAUGCGGAGCUCACUGCCAGGCUACAGCAUCGCAUUAUCGAUGAUAUACAGACAAAGUUCUCACGCGAGCCAGCACUGUGGGAUGCGCUCGCGAAGCGUGAGCUGCGUGGCUUCCAUUUGGGUGAUCUAAUGAAUAUGGCGGAGAACGAAGACGAUGCUGAGCCGAGCGAGAAAAAGACGCGUCCAGACACGGUCCAAGUGUUUCAGUCACGUUCGAAAAAGCGUUGCAUUGAACUCUGCGUGACUGUCUACAAGGCUGCCGUGCAGCAGUUGCAGACGCAGGAAAUGUGGAACUUAUAUCUGGACGCCAUGCUGGCGUUAAGUAGAAAUCACAAAUCGGAGCGCGCAUUCAUUCAACAGUGUUUGGCGACAGCGCUGCAAGAUGGCCAUCGCUCCCAGCUGAUGCAUGCCAGGCAUUAUGCCACGCUAAGCAUGAUACUGGGCAGCACCGAUAACGGCGGAGAAGCCUGUGUGCGCAUUUUGACCGAGGCACUGCAGCACGAUGCAUCGCUGCGCAUGCACGAGCUUCUGCUGGCCGCCCAUAUCCGCAAUGAUGAUGAGCCUAGCGUUCACAAGCUGUUCAGCCAGGUGCGCCGCACGAUGGGCGCCGCCGGACUCUCCCUCUGGCACAUGGUCAUCGCCUAUUAUAGGGCGCGCAAUGAUAAUCAGGCCAAGCGGCAACUGAAUGACAUUUAUACACAGGCCUGCAAGGAGACCUCGCCGGAAUUUGCCGAUCUGCGCUGCAGCUAUUUGCGGUAUCUGUGGCACGAGCAUUCGCCGACCAAAGCGCGUGAUGAAUAUGCCAAAUUGGCGCAACAGCCCCCCAUGUCGCUGCAGCUGCAUCGCGAGAUGGUCAACCUAAUACAGAGCUCCAAACUGAAGGAUUUAUCCACAAUUAAAGCCUGGCGCAUGUGCUAUGAAUUCAUGACCACAUAUUUUGGCAAGCGAGAGCCGAGCGUUUGGCUCGAAUACAUUGCCUUCGAGCGGGAUCAUGGAGAGGUCAAGAGCAUUUCCCUGCUUAGCCGGCGUGCGCUCUCCACAUUGGAGCCGCAGUUUGUGUCCAUAUUUGAAGCCGAGCGCGCAAUGGCGCAUGUUGGCAUGGCCGUAACUAGAUAAUUAAGCUAGCUGGUAAUUAGUUAUUGAAUUUUGUUUAAGUCAUGUUUAUGUUUAUUUUCUUUUGUUUUAUCAACAAAUUCCAUCGAGAAAGGAUAGAAAAUAAAAUAAUAUUCUAUAACCUGA